UUCUCCAUGUAAACCCCGUGUCUUUAUACAAGCUCCAGCGUGCUCGGGUUGGAAGCAUGUACAAUGAAUAAAACUGUGUGCUGUUGUUUUUUGUUUUAGUUACUCAAACGUUCUGUUCACGCUUUCAUUUGGGCAGCAACAGAUAGAGCGUCAGCUCAGGUGCCUGGCCUUCCAAAACCCCGGGCCCCAAGUGGCAGACUUCAACCCCGAAACCAGACAGCAGAAGAAGAAAGCCCGGAUGUCCAAGAUGAACGAGUACUUUUCCGUGAAGCACAAGGUGGUGAAGAAGUACGACAAGGGCGGGCGGCUGGUGUGCAACGCGGAGGAUCUGUGCGACUGUCUGGAGCGGAGCUGCCUGGGCUGCUUCUACCCCUGUCCCCGCUGCAACUCCACCAAGUGCGGCCCCGAGUGCCGCUGCGGCCGGCGCUGGGUGUACGAAGCCAUCGUCACGGAGGCUGGCCAGGUCAUCAGCGCCCUGCCCUUCCCUGUCCCCGACUAG